AUGGGGCAGCCGCUUCGACGACAGCAAUACUACUUUUCUUCAAAUUCGAACAAUCCAACAAAACGCAACAGACGAGGCUUCCCGUGGUAUCUAGGCCUAGCCACGCUGGGUGUGGGUGGCAUUGCAACGACACUGUACUACACCAGCGAAGAUGCACGACACCUCUUUACUGCACUACAACGAUGCGGCACAGCUGGCGUGAUCGGUAGCAAAGUAGCCUACAAUUACAAAGUCCUUCUAUCCAAAGAAUACGUGAGCGAUGAAGCGUAUCAACUUGCCAAACGUGAAUGUGACAAACGAUCGGCCGAAACGGUUCUCAAGGGGCUACAGUCCCUCGGUGGCAUUUACAUAAAACUUGGCCAGCAUGUAUCUGCCAUGGUCUAUAUUUUACCACCGGAAUGGACCGACACCAUGUCUGUCUUGCAGGACCGUUGUGACCCUACACCUGAGGAGCAAGUGCGGCAAUUGUUUAUUUCUGACUAUGGCGAAGCCAUUGAGGAUAUCUUUGACGAGUUUGACUGGACACCAAUCGGUGUGGCGUCGUUGGCUCAAGUCCACAAGGCAAAAUUGAAAAAUAGUGGUGGUAGACAAGUCGCGGUCAAAUUGCAACAUCCUGUCUUGGACGAGUUUUGUCGUGUCGAUAUGGAAACCGUGUCGUUUAUCAUUGAUGUCAUUAAAAAGGCGUUUCCCGAGUUUGGAUUUGCUUGGUUGGCAGAUGAGAUGCGCGAGUCGUUGCCCAGAGAGUUGGAUUUCGUUCACGAGGCACAAAACUCAAAGCUUGUCGGUCAGAAUUUUGCGGAUGAUAUCAAGCAUCGUCGUACAUCUUUGUUGGUGCCUGAGGUGAUUUGGGCAAAGCGUCGAAUCCUUUGCAUGGAGUUUAUCGAGGGUUCGCGUAUUGAUGAUUUGGAAUACAUGAAGCAGCAUGGAAUCAAUCCUGCACAAGUCUCGGCUGAAUUCACGGAAGCAUUCUCAAAAAUGAUCUUCUUGCAUGGUUUUGUGCACUGUGAUCCUCAUCCAGGAAAUGUUAUCAUCCGACCUGCCAAAGAUCCCAAGCACUCGAAAUACAACUUUGACAUUGUUUUGAUCGACCACGGUCUGUAUCGCACAUUACCCGAACAACUACGCAUCGACUACGCCCAGUUAUGGACAUCUUUAAUACGUGGUGACGAAGACGGUAUCCGAAAGUACGCAAAGCGUGUAGGCGGCACAGAUACAUACCAACUGUUUGCAUCGAUCUUGACUGGCCGUGCCUGGGAAACAGUCAGUUCUGCCAACCUGUCCACUGUACGCAGCUCUGCCGAAAUCAAGCGCAUGUCUGCUGGUGCCAUGGAAUACCUCGUCGAUAUUGCGGAUAUUUUGAGUCGUUUGCCCCGGAUCGCCCUGUUGUUAUUAAAGACGAGUGAUUUGCUCCGUCAUAUUGAUGAAGUGCUUCGAACACCAUCGUCGUCAUCUGCUGCUGUUAGCCAGGACGAUCAUUUGACCUAUGUGAUUAUGGGCCGUUAUUGCGCCAAGGCUGUCUGGCUGGAUACACGACGCCAUCUAUUGAACAAGUUGUCCCAGAUCGGGUUCAACUGGCAGGUGCUCAAGGCAUUGGCGACCAGUUGGUGGCAUUAUUACUCGCUGGCUGUCAUGCUGUGGCUAUAUCAGCGUGCAUCACGUCUUGCCACCGCUAAACAGCAAGUGGAGCAACAGACUAAAAAAAUAGAACAGUAA